AGAACAGAAUAAUACAUCAACAGAAAAUUUUUUUUUAAAAAAAGGCCAAAACAAAUUUCAAACAAUCCACUCCCUGCCUCUAAAUUUCUCUCUAUCUCUCCAUGUUUCUCAAUUGAUAACCCAAAGCUGCAGAAUAAAGAAAGGUUUCUUGACUAGAUAAAAGGCUCAUUGGAAUCAGAAUAAGCUAACAUCAUGAGAUACAAGAAAGGGAGCGAAGUCGAAGUAUUUUGCAAAGAUGAGGUGCCGUCCGGCUCCUGGCGUUGUGGGCAGGUAAUAUGUGGCAACGGUCACCAUUACACCAUCAGGUGCAUUAUAGGGGCUAAGGAUGAGGCAAUAUUUGAGAGAGUCUCUAGGAAGUCAAUUAGGCCAUGCCCUCCUGUUGUUCAUGUAUCUCGGAGCUGGAUGCCUGGUGAUGUUGUUGAGAUGUUGCACAAUUACUCUUGGAAGAUGGCUACGGUCUCAAAGGUUUUAAAGGGAAACCACUUUUUGGUCAGGCUUGUCGGAUCCUCGAAUGAGUUCAAGGUUCACAAGUUUGAUAUCCGGCUGAGGCAAUCUUGGAUGGAUGGGAAAUGGAUCGUGGUUGGCAAGGGUUUUGGAAAUUAUGAUGAAGAGAAAUGCUGUGAACAGCCUUGUUUCAAUUAUAAUUAUAUAUCAGGCUCCUUUAAGGGGAUAAAAGCAAAAUUAGAUUCCCACGAAGAAAAGGACUGUGUUGGUACUGUAAACAACAUCAACUGCCAGGAAUCACAUAUAGUUUCCAAGAAAAAUCUAAAGAGAGUGUCUCACAAUGUUUACCCUCAAGCUAAAGCACCUGAAAGUGCUCGAAAGUUUAGAGCAAUCGAAAAAGGUGGUAGACAUCAUCGAGUGAUUGUUGCUGAUCCUUCCCCGUUGCCUGAGAAGGUAGAAAAUUAUCCUUAUCCAAAGAAAUUGCCAGGAGGAAAGGACAUAUGUUGUCUUUUAAACAAUAAAACUACAAUUUUCUCUCAAACGGAUGAAGGGCGGAUAAGAAUCAUUGAUGUUGCACAAUAUUCAAACUCAAGAACUUCAGAUUGUAAUGAUGUGGAUGAUGAUGUGAGCUCUGUUGGCAGCUGUUCUAUUGGUUGGGACGAUCCCAUUAAGUGGCCUUCUAGGAUCUUGGCAUGUCCUGUUGGAUAUGCUGACGAUCAUUCCAGUGAUGCUGAGUCUGUUUGUCCGCUAAAUAAAGAGGAAGAGAACUAUUUACAACCCAAUGAAGAGGAGUUGGCUGUGGAAAUUCAUAGGUUAGAGUUGCAUGCCUAUCGCUGCACUCUGGGGGCUUUAUAUGCAUUAGGACCUUUAAGUUGGGAACAAGAAACGUUGAUGACAAACCUUCGUAUUUCCCUUCAUAUAUCAAAUGAUGAGCAUUUGAUGGAGUUAAGGAACUUAACAUCUAGUGCAACCGGCAUCCACGUUAGUUGACAGAAAACUGAUAUCAUAUGUUUUCCUUCAUAUUUGUUGUUGCUCUUGUAUGUAGAAUUUCUUUUGCAUUUUGUUAAUAGCUUCUGAACAUUGUAACAACAAUGAAAGGAUUCUAUUUGACAGGUUGGAUUUUGAUUACAAAAAAAGUUACGUUAAGUCCCACUGAAA